CGGUGUUGUUGGGCCACGGCGUGGUCGCGCGGGCUCCUCGGCGACGAAGUCGGAGCGAAAACAGUAGCGAGCGCAGAGAGAAAAAGAGAGUGAGAAAGAGAAAGAGAGAGAGAAAGAGAAAGAGAGAGAGAGAGAGAGAGAGAGAGAGAGAGAGAGAAGGAGAGAAAAAAGCCGGCGGAGAAAAAAGAAGAGUUCGGUCGUGCGCCGCGAUUUUUCGGCCCCCCCGGUCGGUCCUCCCCGUUAAGUCAACUUCCGUCCGUUUUGUCCGCCCGCGCGUUUGCGGACCUUCGCGCGAGAAGAGAACCGCGAGGACCGCCGUGGAAGAAGCUCUCAGACGAGCGUCAUCCGCAGGACGAGAAGGGCAGCAACGCGUGUCCUUGACGGAAUCGUUCCUUUCAUCGCACGUUUCGCCAUGCAACAUCGUCGCUAAAGUGUGUCGUCCCGUAGUGCUUGAUCAAGAAGAAAGAGCAAGCGAAGAGAGAGAGAGAGAGAAAGAGAGAAAAAUAUAGAUUAAAAAUAAACGGCGAUAAGUGAAGAAGAGAGAAAGGGUCAGGAAGAGGACGAAGAGGUCGAGAAGUGAAUCCUCGCCGGUCGCGCCGGCCAGCUGCGCGAUGAAGAACCGUGUGUUGCUAAAGAGUGCGUUGCUCUUGCUGCUGAUCGCGGCUCACAGCCUGGUGACAGCAUCCGAGGACGAUGACUUGACUUUUGAUCCAGACGGUAAACAACCCGCGGUCUCAACAUCAUUGAUCGAAACGGAACAGAACGAAUCCUUUUUCCAGAGGAUAAAAAGGGGACUGUGGGAUUUCAUCGCCGUGCCAACCACGACCACCGCGUCGACACCGCAAGACCAAGAUCAGCAGGGAAAUAUUAACAAUUCGGUUCUUCCGAUCGACGAAUAUGAGGAAAAUCAGACCAGUUUCCACAAGCCUGAUGUGUCGAACGGCGAAAAUCUGAUAAUAUCCUCUGGUACCGCCGAAAGGUUAACCGUCGAAAAGGAUUUUCCUCCUCUUCUUCCUUUUUAUUCAUUAGGAGCGAAUGAUUACGAGCACGACAAUGAGAUCAAUACCGCCGCGGAAAGCAAAAGAAUCCCGAUGAAAUACGGAAUCGUCGGGAAUUCCGACGACGAGGAUCUGACCGGAUCGGGAGAUCUCGAGGGCAGCGCGAACGAGAAAGAUCUGGACUCUCAUCUAGUACCAGGAAUCGCGCGCCCCGGUGACGGCAAAGCGCGAUAUUAUCGAGUAACGCUGACAGUUGGCGAGCCCUACAGGCGCGAAUACUCGGACAGAAACAGUCCUGAGUAUCGAGAAUUAAGUGGAAAUCUCACACAAGCUGUCGAGACCCUGUACAAUCGUCACAUUCCGGGAUACAGUCACUUCGCCAACGUCGUCAAAAUCUCACCAACGACGGACGCUUUCACGUCGCAAGUCACCCUAGACAUCGGUUCGACGUUCACGGACGACGCGGAGGUGCGUGACGUUCUAGGAACUCAGCUGCGAUAUCAUUCUUUGGGCACCGUCCAAGUAGAUCCGGAGGGAUUCACGUUCAGGAUAUUCCAAGCCGACGAAGACUUAGAGGAAUGCGAUCAGGCAACCGAAUUGAGAUGCAGAAGCGGCGAAUGCGUGCCGUUAGAGUCGCGCUGCGACGGCGUGUUGCAAUGCAACGAUGGUUCUGACGAGGACAAUUGUCCAACAGAUGUCUCGAACAGAACGGACCAGGAUUCCGAACUUAUCACCGUGACGCCGCUUCAUCCGGAAUCAUCAACGAGACCCGUUCCGGAAACGACGGACGAGACAACGGAGGUGUCGCACGAGGUGAAACCGGAGGUGACGAAUGUCGACGAAGAGUACGGCGAAGGUGAAGCCACCCUGAGAUCGUCGUCGUCGAACAAGUGUCGCGCCGACGACACGGUGCGCUGCAAAGACGGCAGCCGUGUCAUUUGCGCGGUACAGCUGUGCGACGGCGUCCCGGAUUGCGAUGACGGUGGUGACGAGGUCGAUUGCUCGCAUCCAGGCUGCAGCACCGGUGAAUUCGCGUGCGACGUAAACAGAUGCAUACUGGAAUCUCAGCGAUGCGAUUUCGUGGAGGACUGCCAAGACGGUAGCGACGAACACGACUGUCACUAUCCCGUUUGUUCCUCGAACCAGUCCCAAUGCAGGAACGGCCAGUGCAUCGACAGUAGCAAAUAUUGCGAUGGCGUGCAAGAUUGCCACGACGGAUCCGAUGAGUACAAUUGCCCCUGCAGGGAAGACCAGUUUGAAUGCUCGCCUGGUUUUUGCGUGUCCCUAUCACGACGCUGUGACGGAUACACGGACUGUAUUGGUGGAAUGGACGAACAAAACUGUCACAACAUGACACGAUGUCGAGCGGACGAGUUCGAGUGCGCUAACGGCGUGUGCGUCAGCAAAAGCGCAAGAUGCGACGGACGAAACGAUUGCCCCGAUUAUUCUGACGAGCGUAAUUGCACCGUGACCACCUGUAGCGGAGAUCAGUACCGAUGUGUGGACGGUAGCUGCAUAAGCAUCGACAAACGCUGCAACGGGCACCCUGACUGUCGCAACGGCGAAGACGAGAUCCAAUGCGGUUGCCGUGACACCGACUUCCGCUGCACGGACGGCGGCUGCAUCGGCUACGAGUUGCAGUGCAACGGGAUGAACGAUUGCUCCGAUGGCUCUGAUGAGAGAGACUGCGGUUUGGCCCCGUGUCCUUCCAUGGACUUCACCUGCGGGGAUGGCUCUUGCAUACCGACGAACUUGGUCUGUAACGGAGUCGACGACUGCCCCAUGGCAGAAGACGAGCUUUCUUGCGAACCGGAAUGCACGCCUAACCAGUUCAAAUGCGCCACCGGGAAGAAAUGCAUCGAGGACGCCUACAGGUGCGACGGCCAUCCGGAUUGUCCAGAUCGCAGCGACGAGGAUUGCGCUCCGUCCCCUAACGACACUAUACACACCACUUCGCCUACCAACACGUCCGAUCCACGCUGGGCGCCAGAACGUAGGAGAGAAUGCGAUCCGAGGAAGGAAAUGCGUUGCGAUGACGGCGGUUGCGUUCUUCUGCGACGCAAAUGCGACAAUAUCUUCGACUGCCUCGACGGCAGCGACGAGCGGGGCUGUGGGAUAUGCAUACCUGGCGAGUGGAAAUGCGCCAGUGGCGAAUGCUUGCCGGAAAACCAGCGGUGCGAUAGGAUAAAGCAGUGCAGUGACGGAUCCGAUGAGGAUCAAUGCGACAAGAAAUGUCCGGCUGGGUGGUUUCGAUGCAACGACGGAUUGUGCCUCGACAAUAAGAGACGUUGCGACGGUCGGCCGCAUUGCUUGGACGGCUCUGACGAGAUCGAUUGUCCUCGUAACGAGUGUCCCGACGGUCAACUGCCUUGUGAGAACGGAGUCUGUAUCAAUAAGAACUUCUUCUGCGACCACAAUAUCGACUGCCAUGACGCUAGUGACGAACGAAAUUGCCCGGACGGCGGAGAGACUAAAGUUCCAGCGCGGUGCGAUUACAACAGCUACACUUGCUCCGAUGGAAGCUGCAUACCUCGAGAGGCGGUGUGCGACGGUCGUGCGGAUUGUCCGCACGACGAGGACGAGCUCAAUUGUCGCCCAGGAUGCUCGCGGGAUCAGUUCCAGUGCGGCAACGGCGACUGCAUUCGCGCCGAUCAGAAAUGCAACGGUUACGUGGACUGCGACGACGGUUCCGACGAAGAGAAAUGCGAGCCGGAACCACCACCGGAAUUACCGAGUCGUUGCGCGGACGAUCAGUUCACGUGCGUCUCGGACAGAAGAUGCGUGCCUUUAUCUUCCAUCUGCAACGGAAUCCCGGAAUGCAGAGACGCGUCGGACGAGCGUAAUUGCGAUCAAGGAGUGAUAUGCAACGAAUGGCAGUGCAAGAGCGGUGAUUGUAUACCCCUGCAUCAGCGUUGCGAUCGCCGAAUCGAUUGCCCGUACGACGAUAGCGACGAGCUCGGCUGCGACUACAGAGCGAUGCAUAGAAAUCACAGUAGGUGCCGAUCGCACGAGUGGAUGUGCAAUGACGGCCACUGCAUUCCGCUGCAUCAGCGGUGCGACAAAAGACUCGACUGUCCUAGAGACAUGUCUGACGAGGUGGACUGCAGUUAUGACAAUUACACCGACGGAUCAUCCGAGCUCAGAUUGAAGACGUACCCCAGCGAGCAAGUGAUCAAAGAGAACCCGGCGAAGCAAGGUCGCGAGGUCGUGUUCCAAUGCCGUGACGAGGGUCUUCUGCGCGCCCGAGUACGUUGGAUUCGCGGUAACGGUCUUCCACUGCCGUCCGGCAGUCGGGACAUCAACGGUCGCCUGGAGAUACCCAACAUCCAACUCGAGCACUCGGGAACUUACAUUUGCGAGGCCGUUGAUUAUCCGCAGUCCACCCCGGGACGUCAAGUGAGCGUCGUCCUCAGCGUCGAGAAGUUCGAGCAACCGAGCACCAGACCGCCGAGAGUGCCCUGCGAUCAGUACGAUGAAGCCACUUGCAGCAACGGCGACUGCAUCCCCAAGUCUUACGUUUGCGACUCGAAAUACGAUUGCUCGGACGGAUCCGACGAGAUGCGAUGCAGUCCGCACGGAUGCGAGCCAAACGAGUUCCGUUGCAAUAAUAAGCAGUGCGUCAGCAAGUUCUGGCGCUGCGACGGCGAGAAGGACUGCGCCGACGGUAGCGAUGAGGAAAACUGCACUCCGCCUCCCCCGGGAUCGCCCUGCCGUUACAGCGAGUUCGCGUGCAACAGCAACAAACAAUGUAUACCGAAGAUCUAUCACUGCGACAUGGAGCGCGACUGUCUGGACGGAAGCGACGAAAUCGGAUGCUCUCCCGUUUACAUCGUGAAACCACCUCCGCCGAUGGUCGUUCUCGAGCCGGGCAAUUUGCUGGUCAUUACCUGCACGGCGAUCGGCGUCCCAACGCCGACGAUCAGCUGGCGACUCAACUGGGGACACAUACCCGCGAAGUGCACGACCACGUCCGUUAACGGAACCGGUACGCUAACGUGUCCGGACAUACGGACCGAGGAUCAAGGCGCGUACUCGUGCGAAGCGGUGUACAACGCCGGUUUCGUUUUCGCUGUGCCCGACACCAUCGUGGUCGUGAAGGGACCGCCGGAUGUCUGUCCCAAGGGCAAGUUCAAUUCCGAGGCGAAAACCGAGGAGGAGUGCAUCUCGUGCUUCUGCUUCGGCGUCGCAACCGAGUGUCGAAGCGCCGAUCUGUUCACUUAUCAGAUACCGCCGCCGAUCGAUCGUCACAGAAUCGUGCUGGUCGAGACCAAGCCGAGAGUCCGACUUCUGUCCGACGUGAGCAGUCAGUUAGACGAGGUGCGUUCGAUCGGACGAGACGGCGUUCACGUGGUGGAACCUUUGGCGGCCGCCAACGAUGUGACCGGUUACAACAACUAUCUGUAUCAUUACUACGCGCUACCGGAGACGUAUCACGGCAGUCAACUGAAAUCCUACGGCGGCUAUCUGAAGUAUUCGAUUCGUUACAGCGGCAACGGCACGCCCAAUCACGAGCCCAACGUCAUUGUGACCGGCAACAAUUACACUCUGGUGCACGGCAAGACUACUACGGCGGGACCGGAUUACGAAACCGAGGAAUCGGUCAGAUUCUUCUACGGCGAUUGGUACAAGCUGCAAGGACCGAACGCGGUUCUGGCUUCUAGAGAGGAAAUUAUGAUGACGCUCGCUAACGUCGACAACAUUCUCAUAAAAAUGAAAUACGAGGACUCGCCGCAAUUGGACGUGCGCAUCACCAAUAUCAUCAUGGACACCGCCGAUGUGCGAAACACCGGAUUGGGAUCCGCGUCGUUUGUGGAGGAGUGUCAGUGUCCGACCGGAUAUACCGGUUUGUCCUGCGAGACCUGCGCGCCUGGUUUCCUGAGACGCGAAAGCGGACCUUGGCUCGGUCAGUGUUACAGAGACGAGCCGCCGUGUCCUCCGGGAUACUACGGUGAUCCCUCGAGGAACAUCCCUUGCCAGAUCUGUCCUUGCCCGCUCACCAAUCCGUCGAAUCAAUUCGCUCGUACGUGUCAUCUCGGAUCUGACGGACAGCCGACGUGCGACUGUCCUCCUGGAUACGUUGGACGUAGGUGCGAGCAGUGCGCUACCGGUUAUCAAGGAAAUCCGCUCAUUCCCGGAGACAUGUGCGUUCCUAUUUCGCAAUGCGAUCCUCACGGCAGUCUUAGUCCCAACGCCGAUCCGCUGACUGGAAAAUGUCAUUGCAAGCAAUACGCAACGGGUCUGACUUGCAACCAAUGUAAGGCGAAUACCUUUAAUCUGGCCUCGACGAAUCAAUUUGGAUGUAUAGCUUGCUUCUGUAUGGGUAUCACAAACAGAUGCAUCUCCUCUAACUGGUACAGAAACGAGAUUCGCGUAUCGUUCACUAAUUCGAUUCGAAACUUCUCUCUGAUCGAGUCCAAGAGCACCGAUGCGCCAGCCAUCGUGGAAGGAAUUCAUCUGAACACCAUCAAUCGUGAAAUAGUUUAUAGCGACUUUCCGAAUCGCGGAAACAACGAUGUCUAUUACUGGCAGCUGCCCGGUAUUUUCCUGGGCGAUCAAAUAACGUCGUACGGCGGGAAUCUCAAGUACACCGUCAGAUACGUUCCCUCACCGGGAGGUCAAAGUUCGAGGAACAACGCCGCGGACGUCGAACUUAUCAGCGCUAACGACAUCAACUUGCUCUACUACUCCCGCGAGUCCCCCGAACCGAACUCCCAGCAAUCGUUCACCGUGCCGUUGCUCGAGCAAUAUUGGCAACGCAACGACGGAACUCAGGCGGAUAGGGAGCAUCUUCUAAUGGCCCUUGCGGACAUACGGGCCAUCAGAAUCAAAGCAACUUACACGACGCAUACGGACGAAGCCGCGCUCUCCUUCGUAUCUUUGGAUACCGCCGAAAAAUACAACACGGGCAAGGAGCGCGCGGUCGAAGUUGAAGAAUGCAGCUGUCCCGCUGGCUACAGAGGGCUUUCGUGCGAGGAUUGCGAUGUCGGUUUCACCCGAGCCUUCGAAGGUCUCUACUUGGGCAUCUGCGAGCCGUGUCACUGCAACGGUCACUCGAAUCAAUGCGACCCCGAAACCGGCACCUGUGAGAACUGCGAUCAUCACACCGCUGGCAAUUAUUGCGAGAUUUGCGAGCCGGGAUACGAAGGAGACGCUACCCGGGGCUCCCCGAGCGAUUGCACCUACAAAGGACAUCCCAGUUCCGAGUGCAGAUGCAACGAGGCCGGUUCGCGCAGUUCGUCGUGUGUCGACGAUCGAUGCGAAUGCAAAAGGAACGUCGAAGGACCGGAAUGCAAUCGGUGCCGCCCGUCGACAUUCGGAUUAAGUGCCGAGAACGUUGAUGGAUGCGUCGAGUGCUACUGCAGCGGGGUAACUGAUCAAUGUCACGAGAGCACAUUGUACGUACAAGAAAUACCGAUGUUGGUGUACGACUCACAUCACGGUUUCACCCUCACGGACUCAACGAGACGCGACGUAAUAAACGACGGUUUCGACUUAAAUUUGGCGAUGAACGAAAUCGGUUAUCGCUACCCGGACAGCAGAAACAGCCGACUGUUCUGGUCGCUGCCGAGCGUUUUCACCGGAAACAAAGUGAAAAGUUACGGCGGUAAUUUGACCCUGACGCAACACAUCACCGCGUAUCCCAGCGCUCAGAGCUACAAAGAUCAAGAUAUUUUGCUGAUCGGUAACGGUAUCACGUUAUUCUGGACGAAUCCGCAAGAGCUUCAACCUGAAAUUCCUCUGACCUACUCCGUUCCAUUGAAAGAAAACGAAUGGAAACGACUUACCACCGAAGGACCACGCAGCGCGUCCAGAACGGACUUCAUGAUCGUGCUCUCUAAUCUGGAGGCUAUUCUGGUGCGCGCGUCCCACAGCAACCGGAUGACCGCGACGUACAUCAGCGACAUCAGCAUGGACACGGCUGUGGAGAACGUGGUUGGCAAUCGACGAGCGACUCAGAUCGAGGCCUGUCGCUGUCCGUCCGGUUACACCGGAACUUCCUGCGAGAGCUGCGCGCGUGGUUAUUACAGAGAUACCAGCGACCGUUCCGUCAGUUAUCUCGGCUCGUGCGUUUCUUGUCCGUGCAACAGGAACGAGGAAAGCUGCGAGAUCAGUAGAUCCGGCCAGGUCAAGUGUCACUGCUUGCCUGGUUACUUGGGACAGUAUUGUCAAGAUACUUCCACCGAUUAUGAACUGAUGGUAAGCCUGAUGCCCAUGAAGGGCAAAUUCGCGCCAUAUUCCACGAUCCAAUUUACAUGCAACUAUGAGUAUCCAGACAUGUUGUACAUCUAUUUCAAAUUGUCGUCACUCGAUGAAUAUCCUAUAACCGCGCAUGCCACCAAACCUAGCCGCAUCAGCAAGACGAAGAAUGGAGCUGUGCGCACCAUGUCCGUUCUCAUGGGACACACCCCGUGCAACGUGGAGUGUCACAUCGUGGAGUAUCGCGGCAGAGAACUGAUCAAGGUUGUGACGUCGAUUACGACAGCUGGAGAAUCAACUAUCUCGCCAGUCAUCCCGAUACCGCCCAAGAUUAUAGUUUACAUUCAGGAACCAGAAAUCCAGAUUGUCCAAACUGGAAACACCGUUAGAUACCAUUGCACGGGCAGAUCUCAACACAGCGACUCGGUGAAUAUCAAAUGGAGAAAGGAGGGUGGUCAAUUGCCGCCUGGUAGAAGCGUGGACGACGAGAACGGACUGUUGGUUAUCAGAGACGUGAAGGUGUCCGAUAGCGGUGUUUAUGUUUGUCAAGUGAGCGAUGGAAUAAACAUCGAAACCAAGCAAGUUUCUCUGACCGUCGGAGGAUCCACCUCGGUAGCGCCCAGAGUCACUAUAAGUCCACCGUAUCAUCAAGUGAAGGAAGGCGAUCCGGUCGAGUUUCGUUGUGAGGCCACGGGUAAUCCGCCGCCGCAAUUGGAAUGGGUUCGAGUACACGAUUCGAGAAACAUAAGUCCGGAAGCGACGUUCUACAACGGCGUGUGGAGUCUUCCGGCCGCGUCGAAGAACGACGCUGCCGAAUACAAGUGCAUCGCUAGAAACAACAUUGGCACGGACGAGAAGACGACGAUCUUGUAUGUUCAAGACAAUCCUCACAAACCACCUCCUACGGGUUUACCGCCCAUCGUGACACCGUCCGAGUGGUCCGGAACCAGUUCGGACGUCGUCAAACUGACCUGCACGCCGUCUCAGCGCGCGACCGUCGUCUGGGCAAGAUCCGGCGGAUUGCCACUGCCUUAUUCAGCCACUCAGCGCGACGGGGUUCUGACCAUCUCGAAUCCCACCCCGAGCGACUCCGGCAUAUACGUGUGCACCGCGACGAGCGCCCGCGGAACGGAAACAAGCACCACCGUCCGAAUAACGAUAGUACCUCGCAGAGAUCCUUUGACGGUCAAGGUCAGACCCGAACGGCAGCACGUGUCCCAGGGCACGGUGGCCGAGGUGCGGUGCAUCACCAGCGGCGAGCCGAAUCUGCAGAUAAAAUGGAGCAAGCACAUGGAAGCGAUGAGCCCGCGCGUGCAACAAGUAGGCGAGACACUCAGAAUUGUCAACACUCAGGUUUCCGAUCGAGGAGUGUACAUUUGUCGGGUCAGCAGCCCCGCGGGCAGUUACGAGGCCAGCGCGAUUAUCGAAGUUGAACGUCGCGAAGCUCCGGUCUUGGAACUGUAUCCCCAAGACGUUCAAACGGUAACCCUCGGCGGUUCGGCCGAUCUGCAGUGUCGCGCGAAGGCCGGUUUCCCGGUGCCGGAGUUGCACUGGUCUCGCGAGGACAACCGUCCGCUCGGCUCGAACGUCGAGCAACUUCCGGGCGGUCUUCUCAGACUGUCGAAUAUCACGGUGAACGACGGGGGUGCUUACAUCUGUUCCGCGUCCAACGAAGUCGGUUCAACGUCGGUCAUCGCCCACAUCGAGGUACAGUCCAUGCCCGUGAUCACGAUCGCGCCGAAGCUCGGUAUCUUGCAAGUGAAACGCGGCAGCCGUGUGCGUUUGGUCUGCAGCGCGAGCGGUUAUCCGCAACCGAACGUAGCCUGGAGCAAACACUUGAACGGACUCACCAUACACGAAUACAGCAGAACAGCGGCGACUCCUUUGAGCGCCGUGUACGAAAUAUUCUCCGUCUCGCCCGACGACGAAGGAACUUACACCUGUCAGGCGACGAACGCCGUGGGAAUAACCGAGGAACGUAUUCACAUUCGUAUCGAGGACGACGAUUACGAAUGCAACGGCGACAGAGGCGACAUUCCGUGCGACGACGAUCGCGAUCGACCAUCGCGUCCGGAUUCUAGAGAUCCGAACCAGCCCCACCAGGGAGGAGGUGUGAAAAUUCCCGAGGAUUACCUGAGAAUUCCGAACGGCGGCAAGGUGGAGAUGCGUUGCCAGGUCUUCGGGCCCGACGGAAAUCAGAUCUACUUGGACUGGAAGAGGAGCGAUCAUCGUCCGUUGCCGGACGGCAGCACGGUGCACAGCGGAGUACUGAGCAUUCCGACCGUCGACAGAAACGCGGCUGGCGAAUACAUCUGUCUGGGCCUGGAUCCCUUCGGCAACGUUCUCUUCAGGGCGAAAUCUCAUCUCGAAAUCAUAUCUCCGCCGAGGAUCGAAUUGAAUCCCACGCGUCAAACGGUGGGACCUGGCGAAAAUCCAUCCAUAAGUUGCACCGCCACGGGAGACGAACCCAUGCGCAUCGUUUGGGAAGCUAUAGAACGUCCGUUGCCGCAUUCGGUGUCGCACAGAGACGGCGUCUUGCAAUUCCACGGCAUCACCUACUCCGAUGCCGGCAAAUACGUGUGCAAAGCGACAAACGGAGCGGGAACGGCGGAAGCGGUCGCGGAAGUUUUGGUUAACGAACAUUCUUACGACGUUCCGAGAAUUCGGUCUGAGAGAAGAGACAUCGUGACGCACGUCGGCAACACCGUUCGCUUGCAUUGCGAAGUGCACGGCGAACGCGCCUCGAUCUAUUGGAGACGAGAGGGACAACCCCUGCCGAUCACCGGACGAAUCGGCGAUAAUUAUCUGGAACUAACGCAAGUAAGACCGGAAGACAGCGGGAGAUACAUCUGCGAGAUUCAAACCAGCCGCGGUGUAUCCAGCGAUUAUAUUAAUUUCAACGUUUCCCUGUUCCGAUCGAAGUGCAGGCACUGGGAGUAUGAAUGCAGAAGCCUACAAUGCAUUCCGGUGGAAUUCUUUUGCGACGGCUAUAGUCACUGCGACGACGGUACUGACGAACGCUUCUGCCGCAGAUCGCUCUAUCGCCAAUACCUUCAGAGACGACGCGCUGCCGCGCUGCCUCUGGUAAGUGUCGAAGUCUCUCAAGAUCCGAUAAACAUCGGCGACACAGUCGACAUACACUGCACCUGCACCGGGACGCGCGGUUCUCCGCGUUAUCGCUGGUCAAGACCGAACCACGUGAAUCUGCCGGAAAACGCUCAAGAGUACGACAGCAUCCUGAGGCUGACAAAUGUAGCUGUUAUCGAUAGCGGACCCUACAGAUGUACAGUGGACACUUCCGAGGGCACAUUCGAAAAGGACAUCAACCUGGUCGUUCAUGGUGGAAUUCACGACGAACCAGCAAUCGAAACUAAAUACGCUCCGUACGGAUCAAGUGUGAAAAUGGACUGCAGUAUUGAUCUCGAGCCGCCGAUAGAAUUCCGCUGGAACAAGCUUGGAGGACUCCUGCCACACGACAGUCAGAUUUCGGAGAAUCAAUUGAAGUUGACAAACGUAAAGGCUGAGGAUGCCGGAACGUACAUUUGCGUUGGAAAUAACGGACAGGAAACGAGGGAAGUGCCGACGGUGCUGGUUGUGACAGGAGUCGUGCCCAAUUUCAGUCAGGCACCCGGAAGUUACAUCGCUUUCCCACCUCUGCCGGAUUCCUAUCUCAAAUUUAACAUCGAGAUAUCUUUCAAACCGGAGAGUUACGACGGAAUUUUAUUGUACAACGACGAAUUCGGCAACGGCAAUGGCGACUUCAUUGUGUUGUCUCUGAUUAACGGAUAUCCUCAAUUCAAAUUCAAUCUCGGCUCUGGGCCAGCUUCCAUCAACGCGGACAAACCUGUUACGUUGAGCGAGUGGCACACCAUUAAGAUCCAACGCAAUCGGAAGGAGGCGACGAUGCUGGUCGACGGCGAGGGUCCUUACAAAGUGGUCGCCGUGGGCAGACGUCAAGGUCUGGAUUUGAAGGAACCUCUUUAUAUCGGCGGGGUUCCGAACUACAACAGGCUCGACAAACAAGUCGAGGCGAACACAGGCUUCGUCGGGUGUAUCAGCCGCCUGGUUCUCGGCGAGAAGCAGGUCGAUCUAAUUGGCAAUCAAACCGGGAGCGUGGGAAUCACGAAUUGCGAGACCUGCCACGCCGAGAAUCCUUGCCACAACGGCGGUGUGUGUCAGGAAGCGGCCACAAAGAACGGAUACACGUGCCUGUGCCGAGCCGGUUUUAGCGGCAAACACUGCGACAACGUCGGCCAAUCCUGUUACCCGGGUGCUUGCGGAGAAGGUACAUGUGUGGACAAGGAAACCGGUUUUGACUGUUACUGCCCGCCCGGGAAAACAGGAUCACGAUGCGAGCAUUCGGUGAAUAUCUACGACCCGGCUUUCCAUGACGACAGAGCUUUCCUCGCGCACGAAACUCCGAAAGCUCUUAGACGGGAAAGAGAGAGUUCGACCACUACUACUACACACAGUCGAUCACGAUUACGCAACGCACAAGUUAGGAAACCACGAUCAAGGCCACAUCACCACAAUAAUUUGCACCACACAAAACAUUAGCCCAGACCUAGCACCAAUUUUAAACGCAUUUAGAGAGUCAUUACUUAUCCAAUCACAGCAAUAAUAAAACUUCUCUUUGUAGAUCUAAUUACUCCUUUAUAUAUAAAUAUAUAUAAAUAUAUAUAUAUAUAAAUAUAAAUAUAAAAUUUAUGUAUAUAU